CACAUGCGUCGCGUGCCCGAGAUAUGUCUUUUAACAAUCAUGUGAUCCUGCCUCUCAGCUGACACGGAAGUAAAACUCACCCUUAUUCAUUCAGUCGCUCUCGUUCCUAAUAGUUUAUUCCAGCGAUCUCCGCCUAAAAGUAGCUUUUAUCGAUAUAUUUUCAUAGUUUGAAUGCUGUUGCGUGUGUCUCUUUAAGAUGAAUCCUCGCGUGGCCGCGCUCAUCAUUGCGCUCCUCUGCGCGUUCUCCACCGGCGCCGCGCAACACCUGGACACAGAAUGGUUCUCAGACGGUCCGAGCGCGUCCGUGGAUCUUCGGCGAGAGUCCAACAGCACAAACUCUUCUGAUCUGACUUAUGGGUUCAUAUCCUGCGCAGUGGCAGUAGUCUUCUACGGGAGCAACUUCGUACCAGUGAAGAAGAUAGAGACUGGUGAUGGCAUGUUUUUCCAAUGGAUUCUGUGUGCUGCUAUAUGGACGGUCUCCCUAGUGGUGAACAUCAUUCUUCAUAGUCCAAAGUUUUGGCCUCUUGUUAUGCUGGGAGGAGCAAUCUGGGCUACUGGUAAUAUAACUGUAGUUCCUAUCGUAAAGACUAUUGGGCUUGGUCUUGGUCUUCUCAUAUGGGCUUCAUUUAAUCUACUUUUAGGUUGGGCCAGCUCUCGGUUUGGUUGGUUUGGUAUUGGUGCUGAGAGUGUUUCCAAACCAGUUCUGAACUUCUGUGGAGCAGGUCUUUGUUUACUUAGUGCCAUAGUUUUUUUCUUUGUGAAGACUGAUGUUCAAAGAUCUGCAACAUCUGAAGAAACACCAUUACUAAUAGACCAUACCGUGAACUCUGACUCUGUUGUAGCAACAGAUGAUUCCUGGGUGGAUGCAUUAACACCACGCAGCAAACGUCUUGUUGGAUCGUUUCUGGCUGUUGUCGCUGGACUGCUGUAUGGAGCAUCAUUUGUUCCAGUUCUGUACAUUAAAAACCAUGCAUCAGAUCCAGACAGCCAGUACAAUGGGGCUAGCCAGUUUGAUCUGGAUUAUGUCUUUGCACAAUACAGUGGGAUUUUCCUCACCAGUACUGUGUAUUUCGUUCUGUACUGUGCCAUCAAAAAAAACAAACCUCAAGUUUUUCCUAAAGCAGUGCUGCCAGGAUUCCUUUCUGGUAUCAUGUGGGGUAUAGCCACGUGCUGCUGGUUCCUGGCCAACAAUUACCUCAGUGCUGUAGUGAGCUUCCCUAUUAUCACCACAGUUCCUGGAUUGAUUGCAGCUCUUUGGGGUGUUGUAGUGUUCAAAGAAGUAAAGGGCUGGCGAAAUUACAUUGUUCUCAUCAUUGCUUUCUGUCUUGUUCUAUCUGGGGCAUUACUGACUGCACUUUCAAAGAUUUAAACCUUCUUUUAGACAAAGAAAAACUUAACACUUUAUAAGUUCUUCUUUAAAAUCGCUUCUGCUGUUUUAUAUAUUUUGAAUACUGUAAAUGAGAGAUUUAUCAUGCAGCUGAACAUACUGAAGUGGAACAAUAUUGUUUAUAUCAGGGAGGGAUAUGGUCCUAAAAUAGAUAAGAUACUUGAAAUGUUCUAGCAAUAUUAGAACAGAUGUUAUGUUAAUGUUAUUGGGAACACAAUUCACUAUAUUUGUGUUGUAGUUGUAGUAACAUACUUUUUAAAAGUCAUGUUUACACUAUAAUGGACCUCAUUUCACUGUAUGUU